GUAGACCCUUAGGGGCGAGGAUUUUAGCAAGGAAAGAAGACAGUCAUAUACUGCCAAGGCAGAAGCGCUUCUGAAUGCUCUUCGUGGACGCGAAAUUUCUAGCGCUUUUCUCGUCUGUGAAACCGUGGUGUACACCUGCUUCCCUUCCACUCAUGUAGUUUUGAGUCCGGAGAGUAGACCGUUGAAUAAUACCAUGAUACUGGCGCUGUACUGUUUCUGCCCCCUUAAAUGUUGACAUUUCCCCCAGGAUUCUAACUUUUGCCCUUGUCAAAGCACCUUGCCUCUUGAACUCAAGCAAGUGCCAUGAUUUCUUAAAUGAUUUCCUUCGUAAAUGCGUUUUGACUUGUGAAUUUUCAUCUGGGUUAACUGUAAACAACUACCUAGACCAGAAACCUUGGAAUCACCCUUAAAGCCCCUAUAUGACUAGGUUACUUUUUAGAAUAAAAUAAAUACUUUGUCCCUUUCAUCAGUAUUCUUAUCAGGCCCUCAUGGUUAGCUGGGGGAACAAGAUGAGGUUAGAGAGGAAGCAAGGAGACAGGAGCAUGUAAAGCCUUGUAGGGUUUUGAAUUUAUUCUUUGACUUAAAUGGAGAAUAGGCUCUUUGUUUGGGUAUAUGGUGCUAGAGAUCAAAUCCAGAUCCUUGUGUGUGCUAAGCAGGCACUUACAUCCCCAGAACAGGCUUUUGAGAGCGGUAGCACAAGUUUUAAAAUGAGCAUUCUCAGCAGGGCUUGGUGAUGCACACGUGUAACUCCAGCAUUCAGGAAGCUGAUGCAGAACGAUUGCUGCAAAUUCAAGGCCAGUCUGGAGUACAUAGUGAGACCCUGUCUCAAAAUGCUGGAAAAAACCCCAAAACUUCUGUGUUGCCUGUAGGUAGCCUGGGACGGUUCAAGGGUUGGGCUGAUACCUAGUGGUAACAGUGAAAGAGAAUUGAUUUCUCCUUGCAUCGUUCUGGUUUUCCUUAUUGAGCCACUACUAUGGUGGUAGGCAUUAUGUUUUAUCUGGGAGUAUAUUAGUAAUCAGUUAAUUUUGUAUAAACCUGAGUUGUCUCCCAAAAUCGAAAAAUAAAUUUGACGAUGAAAGGAGGAAUUUAGAAUAUUUAUUAGAAAUAAGAAAAAAGCUCUUGGUGGAAAGAAGUCCAACAGGCUUUCUUUGUCAUGCUGUUAUAUAGAUGGGGGUGAUUGUUUCAAAGGUAAUGAGUUCAAAGAGUUAAAAAACUGGUUAUCUUGUAAUGCCUGGAGGAAGGGAAGAGCUGUUAGCAUACUCUGUCUAGUAAGUUUCUUUCCUGGGAAAAACUCUGUCCUCUAUUCUUUUCCUAAGCUUUUAUCCUUUGUUCUUGUGUUUUCUUUUCAGGUUUCUAAGCCUAGGUGGCUGCUAGAUUAACCAGCUGGUUGAAUCAGUUCCGUUAUCUGGUUAGGCUGCUCUAAGUGUCUACUCGUAAUAAUUAAACUACUACAUUAGGUAGACUAACAGUUUCCAUCUUUAUGGGGCAUAUAUUCAAGUGAGGGGAAGACAGACAAGAAAAAAAUGGAAGUAAAGUAACAUUGUGUUAAGGUGCUCGAAUACAUCAGAAGUGCUGUCGGAGUGCAUAUUGGAGUGAGAAGUGUCACUACCAACUUUAUGUGAGGGGUGAACUGAGGUAAGAUAGAAUCAGAAAAAGGACAAGGAAACUUAAUUUUGUUUGUCUCCUUAAAUACCUUAAAGUUAACAGAAAAGAAUUUCAAGAGCUCGACUCUUCAUAUAGGCAUGUUACACUAAAGGAGUAUUUACUGCAACAAUUUGUUAGCCCAAGAUUAGCCUGUCUCAUUCCCUUACAAGACAGGAUACCAAGAUAAAGAGUACUGGAAGUGCUUCCUUUUCUGCCAAGAUGGCGGGGGGAGAGGUCAGAGUGACUGUGGGCCAGCCUCACCUUUCUCGUCAGGAUCUCGCCACCUUGGAUGUUACCAAGUUGACUCCACUUUCACAAGAAGUUAUCAGUAGACAAGCUACGAUUAAUAUAGGUACAAUUGGUCAUGUUGCUCAUGGGAAAUCCACAGUUGUAAAAGCUGUUUCUGGUGUUCACACUGUCAGGUUCAAAAAUGAACUGGAAAGAAAUAUUACCAUCAAGCUUGGAUAUGCUAAUGCUAAGAUUUAUAAACUUGAUGACUCAAACUGUCCUCGGCCAGAAUGUUAUAGAUCUUGUGGAAGUAGUACAUCUGAUGAGUUUCCUACAGACAUCCCGGGAACCAAAGGGAACUUCAGACUAGUCAGACAUGUUUCCUUUGUUGACUGUCCUGGUCAUGAUAUUUUAAUGGCUACUAUGCUGAAUGGUGCAGCAGUGAUGGAUGCAGCUCUUCUGUUGAUAGCGGGUAAUGAAUCCUGUCCUCAGCCUCAGACUUCUGAACAUUUGGCUGCCAUAGAAAUUAUGAAAUUGAAACAUAUUUUGAUUCUGCAAAAUAAAAUUGAUCUGUUAAAAGAAAGUCAGGCUAAAGAGCAGUAUGAACAAAUCCUUGCAUUUGUACGAGGUACAGUAGCUGAAGGAGCACCUAUUAUUCCAAUUUCUGCUCAGCUGAAAUACAAUAUUGAAGUUGUCUGUGAGUAUAUAGUAAAGAAAAUUCCAAUACCUACAAGAGACUUUACUGCAGAACCCCAACUUAUUGUUAUUAGAUCUUUUGAUGUUAACAAACCUGGCUGUGAAGUUGAUGACCUCAAAGGGGGUGUAGCUGGUGGUAGUAUUUUAAAAGGAGUAUUAAAGGUGGGCCAGGAGAUAGAAAUCAGACCUGGUAUUGUUUCCAAAAAUGGUGAAGGAAAACUCAUGUGCAAACCAAUCUUUUCUAAAAUUGUAUCACUUUUUGCAGAACAUAAUGAUCUUCAGUACGCUGCUCCAGGUGGUCUCAUUGGAGUUGGAACAAAAAUUGACCCAACAUUGUGCCGAGCUGACAGAAUGGUGGGACAGGUACUCGGUGCAGUUGGAGCAUUACCUGAGAUAUUCACAGAAUUGGAAAUUUCCUAUUUUCUACUUAGACGACUUCUAGGUGUGCGUAUAGAAGGAGGCAAAAAAGCAGCAAAGGUGCAAAAGCUCUCCAGGAAUGAAGUGCUCAUGGUGAACAUAGGAUCUCUGUCUACAGGAGGAAGAGUUAGUGCAGUGAAGGCUGAUUUGAGUAAAAUAGUUCUUACUAAUCCUGUGUGCACAGAAGUUGGAGAAAAAAUUGCCCUUAGUCGAAGAGUUGAAAAACACUGGCGUUUAAUUGGUUGGGGUCAGAUAAGAAGAGGAGUGACAAUCAAACCAACAAUAGAUGAUGAAUGAAGAAUUACAGCUAAAUAAUACUCUUGGAUAAAGCCAGAGUUUUUCUUAACAACCUUAGGGAUAUAUUUUUAAAGCAAAACUGGGAAAAUAAUUUUGUAUCUUACUACUUUACUAUAUAAGCUGUCAGUUUUACCUCAUUUUCGUCAAGAAAAUUAAUGUCUAUUGCUUAAAUAGUAGGGUCUCCAAUAAAUACUUAAAUUGACAUGUUGCUGGAUUAACCUACAUUUUAGCAGACAUUAAUGAUUGAUACAUAUUUUGAAAGUUACAUGUCAGUGCAGCUAUAAAAUAAAACUGGUUGUUAUAAAUAAGCUUUUGCUAUAUCAUACAUACCACUGACCUUGCUUGAAAUAGAGUUUUUCUUAUUUUUCAUGAUUUGUGUUUUAGUAGCACUAUACUAGAGGACUUUCCCCAAAGUAGAAACUUGAAGAGACACAAGGAGUGUCCUUGAAGGCUGGCUGCAUUUGCCUUAUGUUGCUGUAACUUUAAAAUAUAAGAUGAAAAAAAAUUAAUUGGCUUAAAAUAAAAUGAUCGUUUUGUGCAUGAAGACUCACUGACAUUGGACCUCCUCUUACUUUGUUCCUACUUUUGCUAUCCAUCAUCUUCUGGUUGCUUUGUACUUAUGCUUCUUGUUUUAUACCUGAAACCCAGCAGUCCUUCCCUACUGGAAAUAUUGUUAUUCUAAAUGCUAAAUAAAUAAAUGUUUUUUUGACCUAAAAAAAAAAAAA